CAAUAUGUUAGCCCCAGGCCACGUCAUUAACAUAAAACUUACAUGGUUUGAAAAGUAUACAAAAUAUACAAUUAUGAAUAUUUGUCGCCACUAGGGGAAAGUCCUGUCUAUAUAUGAUGACAUACAAAUACAGGAUAUAAUGACAAAAAUGCAGAAUAUAAAAUGGAUAAUUGCUCUGUUAGUGAUAAUAAUUCUUCUUUUGUUAACUUUUCAUUACUCUGUCCUGGAAUCUACAACGACAACAACAAUGGAAUACCGUGAGAGCGAUCACAUACCGUUAGGUAUUAUAAACCAAAUAGUUAACCAACGGAAUCUACUGUCGCAACAGUUAAACGAUGCCAGGAAAACAAUUGGACAACUUCAAUGUGAGAAAUCCGACCAAAAGACCAAUUCUCAAGGAGGGUGGUGUAAACAAGCGAGUACAGAAACAGGCGGCGAACAUAUGACGGACAUGACACUGGUCAAAGCAUUAGCAUAUUUCCUGAAAAAUAAAAGUAUUGGCAGCUUCGGUGACGGUCCUGGUGCAUACAAGAGAGAAAUUCUUAAACUUGGGCUCGUACAAUCAUACACCUCCUUUGACGGAGCACCCUAUUGUGAAGAAACAAGCGAAGGCCGAGUUGUUUUUAUGGAUUUAACAAUUCCUCAGUAUGGCAUACAGCAAUUUGAUUGGAUAUUAUCUUUAGAAGUUGCUGAACAUAUACCCAAAGCAUACGAGAAUAUAUAUUUAGAUAAUAUAUUCAGACAUGCAAAAGAGGGUAUAAUACUGAGUUGGGCAGUGCCUGGACAGGGAGGACUCAGUCAUAUAAAUAAUCAACCUUUACAACAUGUUGUAGAUGUUAUGGAGAAAAAUGGAUUUACAAUAGAUCAAAGUAUAUCCAAAGUUCUCCAAGACUCAGCAGAACUGCCUUGGAUUAAAAGUAAUAUGUAUGUUUAUAGAAGACACCAGCACAGUGUGAAUAGCACGUAUAAAGAUUUGUUUGUGUAGAAAUACCGUUCGCAAUACUAAUAUUUCAGUUUGCAUUUGAAAUCCACAUUUUUGUAACUUUUAUUCUACAAUACACAGAUUUGCUGUAUAAAAACAUACAUCAGUUGUACAAUUGACAUAAUGAAUGAUUAUAACCUUAGUACAUGCAUUGUUUACAGUUUGCCUGGAGAUGUAUACACUUGUAACCAAAUAAUCGUUUAUACAUGGUAAAACAGAAUGUACGAUAUGCAACAUAAACUCACAUUCCCUCAUUGAUACUAAACCAGUGCUAUUGUUUUUGGAACGACCAAUCACCAUUUUACUCUGAAGACGAAUUCGGGUUGGGAUUAUGAUUUUUCUUUUU